AUGUCUUGUCGACCACCAAUGAAUCGUGUUGAUAUUAUACGUGAUAGUCAAACAGGAAAAGAAAUGGUUGUUUCAUCUGUUGAUCUAUCUGAUACGAUACAAGCAUUGGGUCCACGUUAUCAAUUAGAAGAUUUUGAUAUUCAAUCAAUUUUUCCAUUAGAAUCUUUUUCAUCUGGAUUACAGAUUGUGAGUAUUAAUGAUGAAUCAAAACGUCUUGAUCAAAUUAAAGAUGGUCAACCGUUGCGGUGUUAUCAUAUUCAAGGCAAAAUGGGUGAAUCAACGAAUACACUCGACGCUAAUGGAGUUAUUGUUGAAAAAAGCACCUACAGUACGUAG